AUGGAGAAAGUUCAGGAGAUGGAGAAUGGUAGAAAUGAAGAAGUGAGUAAUGGUAAAGAUGUCGAAGAUGUGGCAGCAGUUGAUGCAGAUCUUAUAUCUGUAAGUGGAAAAAAUAAAGAAGGUAGUUCAAAAGGAAAACAUAGAACUAAACAUAAAUGUCCUUAUUCGUCUUGUUCUGUAAACAUAGUCCAUCUUCCUCGUCACAUGAGACACAUACAUAAGUGGGAUGAAAAAGAUUCUAUUGGCGUCCUUGGUAUGUUUGGUUUGCGCUCAGAGAGGAAAAAGACAUCUAAUAAACGAAAGCAUAUAUUAAGAAAAACAUUCGUAAAUUUGAAUUUCAAGAUGUUUAGACUUACACAUUAUUUAUCUAGUCAUUUAACAAUAUAAUAUACAUAUUUAUUUUAAUAUAUAGAUAUUUGUAAUUCUAUUAGUUACUCAGUCAAACUAGCACUUUGUGUGCUAUAUCUAAACAGAGUCAAAAUAAAUUAUUAUUAUUAUUAUUAUUAAGGAAAAGAUGUGCCCUGUCCAUAAUUGUCAAGCUGUGGUGAAAUAGAUACAUAACCAUCUUACGGAUUUUCAUAAUAUGAAAUGCAAAAGCUGGGUGUGAAGGAAAUGUUUAGCUGAAGCGGUUGUGCAUAGUGGACAGGCUUUUUCAUUGUGUGAAUCUAACGCCUGAUACUAGCUCAUCCAAAGAAGAUAAAGUGGUUGUGAGUAGGAAAAAACAAGGAAAAGUUAAAAAUCAAAAUAUCUUUAAAAAGGUGUACACCAGUGAUGAAGAAAGCGAGUUGGAAUAAUUUGUUCCACCAUAUCCUAAAAUCUUUCAAAAGGAAAAUAUUGAAGUAAAUAUAUCCUCAAAUUUAUCCACAGGUGAAGAUUCGAUAGGUGAAUUUGAUGUAAUAUAUGAACAAUGAGAGCGAGUCUUUCACCGGGAAAUCCAAACACGAGAAAACAAUGUAUGAAAUGAGAACACGAGUGCGAAGGGCAAGUGUUUUCCUACAUUGCUUUCGAGUGUUUGGAUAUCCCAGUGAGACACAAGCUUGAGUUGUUUAUAUGGCUUCUCAAAUGAAUCGAGACAUAACAGAAUGUUUUCGUUUGCUGAUUUGAAUAGAAUUCUUAACCAAGCUUAAAAAACUCAUUAAUAAUUCAGGAGCAAAACACAAAGAAAAAUCAUAAGUGUGUCGUAUCUUUAUAUGUGAUAAAAAAUCAUGUUAAUUUACACAACCUUUAGCUUUGAUUUUCUCGGUUUAGACAAAGUUUAUUUUAAAAAUUACUUCGCUAGUGUACUCAUCAGAAUAUGGGUCGUUUUUUUAAGCCAUUUAAAGCACGCGUAGGAGUGUCUUAUCAGAUAUAAAAUGCUCGGCUGCACCUCGCGUUUUAUAUCUGAUAAAUCACUCCUACGCGUGCUUUAAAUAGUACAUAACAUAAUUAGGAAUUCUAUUCAAGUAAUUUUGCAUGCGUAAUUAAGAUAUUUGAUGAAAACAGUAGUGACUUUCAUCAAGUUUCACUGGGAUAUCCAAAUGGCGUCUUGUGAUCAAAUAGGUGAUUAUCAUUGGUUGAAUUGCUCAUGAAUUAUUAACUCAAUUCGAUCCGCCAAUAUUAAUUUCCGACGUAUAUGACGGGAAGAUUAAAUAUUAAAGAACUUCGCGAGUAUUUGCAGUAGACAUACGAAAAUACCACCAAAAAAUUCCGCUUGAUCGAUACUAUAUAUUCAGAAAUAUUCAUAUAAUUUUAUUGUUUCUCGCUCAAUUUCAAGCGAAUUUCUUACCUUGAAAUGAUCAAUGCGGUGAAAUUUAUGCAAAUGACACAUUAUCAAUUUUGCUGUUGCAUUUUGAAUGUUCCGCCUGAUUCAAAUGCUCGUCUUUUCGCUUCUUUUCAACGUAUAAUAAUAACAAAUAUACCAAAAGAAUCGCCAUCUUCCAUUCUAUAGCUCGGAGCAGUCUCGGGAAAUUGCGAAAUAAUCUAAGCCUAUUAUGGCAAUUCUCGUGAUCGGAAAGUGUUCGGCCAACUUCGGACGCCAAAUUCUUGGUAAAGCAUUACAGUUUCCUGGUAAAAGACUGCAGGAAUCACUUCCGGAGUGUUUGUUUACCCUAGAUACGGAUUUUGAUUGGCUUAGGCAGAAAAACAAAUCUUUUAGAGCAAUUUUCCUGAUUAUCGCGCACGGGAACGCACUAGCGUUGAAAUGUAUUGUGUUGUAGUUUUGUUUCAAUCGCAUUCUGAAGACGUUUUUGGCUUUAUUUUGCAAACUGAUAGUGCUAGUAAUGAUGGAAUGUCUUCAUAUGAAGACAAGUAUCUCAACCUUGCAUUGGGAGUCGUGUCUGGAGUUUCAAGGCAAGUAUUUGUAUCAUUUCUAGACCAUUUCUAUUUCAAUCUUUUGCCGUUGCCAUGGCGUUGUAAAUUUAUUUGUAUUUAGUAUAGCUUCACUAGUACGACCAAGUAUGUCCUCAUAUCGCUUUUUUGUGUUGAAAUAAUCGUUUCAUACUGAAAUUGACAAAUAUAAAUGGUUUUUAUUUAUAUUGUUGACGAAAGUUUAUGGUGUUUUAGGCAUAAAAAUCUCUGAUUCCUAGGCGAAGUAAAAUGAGCCUUGAGCACAUGUUUCGUUGUUUGUUACAUACAUAAUAGCAAUUAGUAUUCAUACUUAUAUCUUACUAGUUGGCUCUUAUUAUAAUUUUAAGUGGCACCAUGUCUAUAAAAGUUUUUAUUUGCACUGAUGAAUAUAUUGAUCCUGUUCCUCACUGCUGUUCCUGUUUCAUAGCCUCAGGGAAGUAGAGUUCUGAUGAGUCAUGAGAACCCCACUCACCAACCCAGAGGGAAGGUAGGGGGAUGAGUAGAGGUAGAGGGAAGCCCAGCCAUUAGGACCUAAGGUUUCGAAAGCUCCCUGUCUAGCAUCCCCACUAGGCCCCAUAGUACAUGAUGGAUAUGAUGAUCCUGAUGCUAGGAAUGUUCUCCCAGAUUUUGCUCCUCACUGACAUGCCCGGGAUCCAUUUCGAUCAACUGUGAGCUUGAGUUCAUUCGGCUCAAUGAACUGUGAGCUUGAGUUCAUUCGACUCUUUUUUACUAAGUGAAUGCUUCAGGAGGUAGUUUCCUGGCCAUACCAAUACAUAUGCCCACAUACAAAUAACUCAAAAGUUAUCCCCAUACACUAAUAAAGAAGGGUCUUGCAGUCAACCUUGAGAGGUUGAUUGCCUUUUAGUAUAAUAUGCAGGUUUGCUAAUUUAAGGUCGACAGUGAGAUUGAAAAUUAUUGGAGUGUAUGGUCUGUGGGCAAUAGACAUAAUUUCUCGGGUUAGGUACAAAGCGCUUAUGGCGUUUGUGAAUAUGGUAGAUCCUGUACUAAAGACUACAGCAAUAAACUGCAUCAACAACUGUAUCAGCCGUCAUAGAAUAUUGUUGUUGCAGACAAACACACUGUCAAAUCAAGAAAUAGGUUGGGGGUUAGGCAGUUCAUGAAAGCUAGAUGACCUACUAUGUGGGGAAUAAAUCUGUGGGUUGCUGCAGAUAAUCCUAAUGGUUAUAUUGAGACUUUGAAAUUUAUACAGGAAGAAGUCCAGAUAUUCAUAGCAACAGAUUUGGGUAUGACGUGGUGAUCUGAUAUCAGUUUGGUUACAGCCUUAGGUCUUUUGUAGUACAAUAUAAAGGAAAUAUUUUCACUGCAUAAUCCAGUUAUGUGCUUUGGCAAACAUUACUGCUUUAGCAAACAUUACUGCCUUGGAAAACAUUACUUUUUUAUAACUACUAAUUAUGAUGAUGCCAGUCAAACAACACUUGGUCAUGCUAUUUGCAAAUAUUUUCAUGUUCUAGAUUGUGAAAACAAUCAAUUUCUAAACAAAUGAGUAGUGAUUAUUUCAAAUUUGAAUAGCAUGACCAAAUUUUGAGGCUGGUUAUGACACUAAUAACUAAAGUCAAUGGUGUAAUGAUUAUCUAAGAAUGUAUGUAGUAAUUGUAGAAAUAAAGACAUUUUGCUAAUCAUGAUUUGAGUGUUCUUUUGUGGGUAUCACAGACUUAUUUUGGUGCCAUACUAUCUUUGGAGAGUAAGAAAUAUUGGAAAUUUGUAUUGAUAACAUGUUGCAGCAAUAAAAAAGGACCUUUGAUAAAGGUAUUUGUUUCAUGUGAGCACAAAAUGUAAAUUUUACUCCACUACCUAGUUUAUAUAAAAACUCAAUAAAAAUAUUUCUAUUUAUGCUACAUGCAUGAAACUUCGGGUACUUGUAGAUCAUAACCGUGUCUUUCAGUCAUAUUCAUAAAAUUUUUUGACAUAUUUGAAAUUUGAACCGCUAAAUACAUUUAUGCAUAAUUGCAACAUUUUUUUAUAUCAUAAUUUAUGCAAAUUUAUGCGAGUAUAUCGUUAACCAAGCUCCGGAUGAAAUUGAAAUUGGUAUCGUUGGAAAGCAGAAGUCCUCCUCUUUCGAACGAUGCAAUUUCUGUUUCCGUGCGAUGUAUAGUUUGAGAGAUAUAAGCGUUUGAAACAACACCACUCGAAAUUGCUACUUUUCCACCGGAUGAGAAUGAGUUAAUGAAUUUGAGAAGGGCUGCUUGAACAACGUUCAUGAAAGCAAUGUGGAAGUUAAUGACAAUGGUGCAGAUGAGGACCAGAUGGUGGAAGGAAGGAACUGGUUGUACAUCGGUGCUUGUGCCAUAUUGAAAUAGUUGUUGAAACCAGGUCUUUUCAAAGACUUGUCAAAGAUUGGUUCUGGGUAAAAAGACUAGUGGGCAUAAACAACUUAAAAAAGCCAGAACAAACUGAGGGAUUCAAUGAUUUGAGCGUAGUAAGAUGAGCAGUUAAAAUCCUUGGUGACUACCAGGAUUUGACAUCUGUUGCAAUGCGUAGCUAAGUUGAAUACACAUUGGUGAGGGAGUAGCUCCUCAUAUUACUAUGUAUCAACAAUGGCAGUCGAGCAGGUGUUCUAGCGAACAUGACACUUGGUGAGUUUUGUAAGGCUCGGGAAGAUGGUUCUUUUGUCAUCAAGAUAAGAUACAAUGCCCUUGAACACAACCACCUUCACUGCCAUAUAAACUGAAUAUAUGUACAUUGAGGUAAGAUCAUUCACAUUAUGGCAAAUAAUUUUUAUGCUUAAAGGUUAUGUUCAAGAAGUAUGGGACACUUUUGUUGGUGCACUUGAAAAAGGAAAAUGUUAUAGAGAAAGAAAUGAAAUUAAUAAAAGAAAUGACUCCAGCACCAAUGAAUAUGAUGUUAACAAAGCAACCCAGAGAAGAUGCCAUCAAGAAGCGAGAGGACAGAAAAAAAAUGAUCAUUAA